AUGAAGAAAAUCAACGAAGGCGAAAACGGACAUAAUAUCGAAGCAGAGUUGUCGUGGUGGAGUCCGAAGUUUUCGGAGAUCGAAAUCGAUCAUGUACGUGAUACCCUGCGUGCAGCCAUAGAGCCUUUUGUUGCCGCAGGAAAUGAUAUAGAAGAAGUCGUAAGUCAGUUCGCUAAGUCUCACGCUUUCAUGCCAAGUUCGACGCGGUAUGGAAAUUCCUAUUUCAAGUAUGGCUUUGACACGUUAUGUCAACAUUAUGUUGAAAAUUACCGUGAGAUUAGUGCGCAAAGUUCAAUUCAGUUCAAGAUAUUAGGAACAUACGUUUACAAGCAAGAGAUCAUGCAUGCUGUUCUUGUUUGUAGCGACGAAGAUGAACAGUUUUCGAAUUACCCCAACGUCGCUGUAAUGGCAACAGAUGAUGAUGAGAAUGAUGAUGGCAACAACGAGGAGGUAGUAACGCGUGAAGACGAUGGCAACUGGGUUUGGAAACCCCAAGCAACCGCUACAGAAAUUGUACGUCUUCCGAAUUUUUUGCAAAAAUUUCCCAUAUACCGUAGAUGGGAACAUGUAGCUUUUGCAUUUUAUACACCAGAUGGGGUCUUCGAACUCCCUGACUUAGAAAAACAUCGCUUUGAAUUAACGUGA